AUGUUGAGUCUUUGUUACUGGAAUCACAGUGUUGAAGUCGUGUUGUUCUUAGAUCGUCGUUGGAGCCUUUCGGAGUUGCCAUUAUUGGAGCCGUUGUUACUGGAGUCGGAAUGGAGUCAUGUUACUGGAGUGCUGUUAGUGGAAUGGAGUCACGUUACUGGAGUACUGUUAGUGAAAUGGAGUCGCGUUACUAGAGUCGUUGUUAGUAAAAUUAAGUCGCGUUUACUGUUUUUGGCUAUAGUAGCUAGUCGUCGUUUAUGGAACCGUAUCAUUGCUGAAGUUUCGGUGUUUGGCCUUGUUAGUCUUCGUUGGUGU